GAACUGCGCUGCGGCUCUGCCUGCACUCAGAACUCCACAGCAUCCAGUCAACUGAAGUUUGGUGCUGCAGCCAAAUGGUGUUUAUUGUGCUGCUGGUGCGCAGAAAAGAAAACACGGAGGAGUAAAAGUAGUUUCUCGGUCUGGAGUGAUGUUUCAAACGGCUGCUAGGUCAUGAGGACGGGCAAGAUGUUGCAGGGGUAGAACAUAUUCAACAGUUGGAUUUUGCCGUUUGCAUCAGGACAAGUAGAGUAUCACUCUUCCUCCUCCCUGUUAAAUGAGCAAUGAAGAAGAUGAUGAUCCAGGCCUCCUGUAGGAAAGGUCUGCGUGUGUGUUUACUCCUGAUGAUGGUGGGAAGACUACAGGAUGUUUCAGGCAGGGUAACCGCACCCGAGCGUCUGGAAGCUCCAGUGGAGAAGCCCUUCACUCUGAUAUGCAGUGUUUCGCGGGAACGAGGGGAGUCUCUGAGGCAGGUGCGCUGGUUGGAUGCCCAGAACCAGACCCUGCUGAGCUACCAACCGGGCAACAGAGACAGUGUGAGUGGACAGCAGUAUGUGGAGCUCGCCCCUUCCCCGAAAGACACCUCAUCUAUCACCAUCCGCAGGGUGGGCUUCCGUGAUGAAGGCUGCUACACCUGCAUCUUUGACAUGUUUCCCUCUGGUUCAAAGCAGGGACAGACUUGCCUCACUGUUACCUCACAAGUCACUGUUGAAAGCAACAAGACAGCAGUGAGUGGCAAGAAGGCCUCCUUGAUGUGCUCCUACGGUUUACCUGAAAAGGUGCAGCAGAUCAUAUGGAGACACAAUUCUGCACAAGGAGAAUCUAAAGAUGUGGCCUCCUUUGCAAAGCGGAGCGACCCCAUGAUAGAGCCUCCGUUCCAGGGGAGAGUCUGGCUGAGUGCCUCCCUGUCCCAGAGUGAGCUCACCAUCCAGCCUGUUGCCAUCCAGGACGAGGGCUGCUACACAUGUCUGUACAACACACAUCCCGGCGGGCCCAAGACCUCCACGGUUUGCCUCACCAUCUAUGUCCUGCCAAAACCUCAGGUGAGCUACAAGACCACCUCUCCAGGUGUAAUCGAAGCCAAUUGCACCUCAGUGUCACGCCCCCCGACAGAGAUAGUUUGGAACGUUGAGAGGGAUAACAGAACCAUGGGCCCACCUGUGACAACACAGCUUCCACAGAGCGAUGGGACCACUCUGGUCAUCAGUACGCUGACUGUCCAAUCCGGGCUGCUGAAAGACGUGUCCAUCAAAUGCUUGGUUCACCACAAAGGGCUUGAGUCACCGAUUGCUGUAUCCAUGAACACUAAAAUUGGGACGGCUCUCACCAUCCUGAUCUCAGUCACUACCGUGGCUGCCCUGUUGGUCAUGUCCCUCUGCUUCUGCCUUUGGAAGUGUUUCUUGCGCAAAGAAGCUGAUUAAUAUGUCAGAUGAGACCAGAGGCUAAAAAGAAAAGGCAGUGCUUCUCAGAGCCGACCUUGCAGAAUUGUUGCCCUGCGUCAUCAUCGUCAUCAUCAUCCUCAUCUUGGUAAGAAGGGAAGAUGUUCUUGUACACCUCUAUACAGUGGAAUGUCAAAUACAAUCCUAUUGAUAGACGCCAACAGCGCCACGACAUUCAGCUCUGCUCUUCUUCCUCUGCAUCUGACUUUUAUUUGAUCUCCAGGCUGUCUUCACAUGGAGUCAGUAAGGAAAUGUUGAGCAGUCCAUGUUUUUCUUUUUCUAGCUCUGUAAUUGAUUGAGGCGCACAUUUUCUGCACCACAUUCCAGAGUCACUGUAUGAGAACUUAAAGUAAAGUGGUUUUGCUGUUACAACAUGUGGCAUGUCCUCAAAAUACUUUUCUGUUUGUCUUUUACCUGGUCCUUAAAGGAUACGUCUGGUGAUAUCAUAUGGUUCUUAUUCAACAAAUCCUAUGAAAAGAGUAAAACCAACAAAGAAUUGAUUCAACUAACAAAUGUGUAGACAAAGUCUGAUAUUGCAUACCCCUGCAGUAUUGUCUAAAAUCUAUUAAAGCACAUUUAUGAGUCACAUUAUGCACCAGUCACCUGAACAUGGGCACUUUCUAAGGAUUCACAUUCUAUUGUUUCCCAACCAAACCAACUAGAAGGACUAACUAAUUGAUAUAAUUGGUAUUUACAUUAGAAUUUAACACCAAAAAAAUUGGAAAAUACAGAAUCAACCUUAUCCUUUAAAUAACAUAGCUAAUUGAAACUAUAAACUCAUCAUUACAGUUAGUUGUUCUUGCACCUCAGCCAAAUCCCUCCAUUACUUCCUUUUAUUGUUAAAGCUGGGAGGGUCUUCAUUUGUUCAACUAGGGCUACAUACUUAUGUCUUGUUUGUGUAAUAUCUAUUGCAAACGUUUUUUUGUUUCAAAACCUUUGUAUGUGUGUGUGUGUGUGUGUGUGUGUGUGCGUGCGUGCCUGCGUACGUGCGUGUGUGUGUGCGUUCCUGUAUGCGUGCAUGCGUGUGCUCGCACAUUUGUUAGAUGUUAAAUUCUUUGGAAUUCAGCUUGAAUCAAUUCCCUGAGGAAGCAACUCUGAAACCUUCGUGGUUCCCCUGAAAAUAUGCAUGUAUUGCUGCCCGCCUACAUUGUAGGGUCCGGAGAGUUUACAUGUGUGAAGAUGUCAGUGUACAGGUUGGGCUGUGGAGAGUUGGCUAAGGGGUUUGAUAGUGGAUAAAAGACCAGAAGACCCACACUGUGUCCUU